AUGAUGUUUUUUGGAUUACAGUGGGACUUUGAACGGAAUCGGUGGGAGGACGAUGUCGAGGGAGUGAACAAACAGAUCUUGGAAACCAUCAAAGGUCGAGUCACUCAAUUUCUGACCGGAGGCGGCCUGCGAGAACCCCAAAACACGGCCGAAAAGCCCCGGCUAUUCUGCUCGGGUGCCCCCUUUGAGAAGCAAGAGUCCGGCCGUGCUGCCCGAGACAUCAACGGAAAAGACAUCGUGACAGCUCGUGACGACAACACCGGGCUGCCGACCGAGUAUCUGACCAUUGACAGGGCCUUCUCUACGCAGCAAAGAGGGGGCAACAACGUGUUUUGGGUUCCCGCCUUCAACGGCUACGACUUCAGCCGCAGAGACAGCAUAUGCUCUUCGCCCCUCCCGGACGGAAAAGUGCUCCUCGGUAGAGUUGCACGUCCCACCUCAAGUGGCCUUUUCGACUAUUUCAACGGAGAAAAAAUGGUGAAGUACAACAUGGGCAAGACGAACAGACACAUGAUCUUGUGUCCAGCCGCCUUUGCCUCCAGAGGCGGCGGCCACUCUGUGGUGUCUCUGUCCGAGACUGUGGGGAGCCUGUAUCCCUCCAACUUUGGGUCUGCAGAUACUAGCAAAGCACUGGACAGGAUGAUGACCCGGGGCUCGACCUUUUAUCACGAGCUCUUUCAUCUCACAGAUAAUGAUGAUACCCUAAGGGGCGAGGGCCAGGAGAAUUACAAUUUGGCCGACAUUGCCAAAGCCGUAAAGGAGGACAUAAAUCGCCGGAUCAAACUGGCUCACAACCCAGAGUCAUACGUGCUCCUUGCCCAGGCACUGCACAUGUAUCGUAGUCCUCCUGAGGGUAAGAGAAGAGUCCUCUACGGAGUUUCGUUCCCAAUGAAUCCUGAGAGUUUUGGUCACAAUGAGGACAGGUGGCGGGCCAUAGCAGGCUUGCCAUAG